AUGAAGAGGGGACACUUUGCCAAGAGCCCCAAGGGGAAGGGCGGCAACUACCACAACAAGUCGGCCACUGGCGACAAGCGAAGGAAGAGCGGAGGCAGGGGAGGUGCAUCGCCCUACGGUUCCGCUGCCCAGGGCGACGCUGUAGCGCCAAGGAGGAACCGCAGUCGAUCGGGCGGCUUCCAGGAGUUCGGUAACUUCUUGUGGACCUACGAUGCAUCGACGAACCACUGGGUCGCGAGAGAGUCCGAUUCUUCUCCCCCGCCCAGCUCUGCCGCCAUCGACAUCAGCAGCAGCAGUGGCCACUCGAAGGCUGCCCUCAGGGAGCUUAGCGAGUUCGGCCGCGAGUUCCCUGCGGCGCACAAGGGCAAGAAGGGCAGGGGCAACAACAGCGGAGGCGGAGGCGGUGGUCGCAAGGGCCAGCACCAGGGCUACAGCAAAUCGAAUCCGCAGUCGUCGAUGGCGGAUGAUGACCUGGAUGAUGCCUCGGCAGCCGACCACGCCUUCGUCGGGUUCCGAUCUUCUUCCUCUCCGCACUACAAAUCCGCGUCGCCGGCGAGCGCGUCGGGAUCCAGCUUCAUGAUGCGCUUCGUCAAGGGGGAGACCAUGAACGACGAGCGCGAGAAGCACGCAGACGACGACGAGGCGGCACCACCGGUGGCGGUCAAGAUCGAAGUCAUGCAAGAGGUGAAGCUCGAGGUGGAGGUUAAGUUGGAGCAGCCGCCGGAGCGAGACGUCAGCAGCCACGCACGCCCGGUGCGCUGGCAGAGCGAGCCGGCCAUCCCCAAGUACACGCCGGUCGUCUCCCCGUCGCGCGCACUUGGCAUGCCCUCGGCGACCACCCCGCAGGAGGCCUUCAGCGGACGUGGCCGAGGGCGCGGCCGCGGUCGCGGUCGCGGCGCGGCUGUGACCAACUCGCCAACUUCGCCGGCCGACUUCCACUGGACCUACACCGAGAAGACGCUCAACGCCGCCGCCGCCGCGGACACUGCGCUGGAGGAGGCCAAUGCGGCCAUCUUGGGCGUCGUGAUCAAGCGGGAGCAAGAAGACGUGGUCGUGGUCGAACCGGACAACGGCGGCAUGGCCAUUGCGAUGUCGACCGCUACCACUGCCACCACGACCGCCGCCGUGCCUGCCCAGGGCAAGCCUGGUGCGCACCAGCGAAACAACGAUAAGCAGGCGAAGAAGAACAACAAGAAGAGCAAGAAGUGGGAGGAGAAGCAGCUGAGGAACAGGACCAGGAUCGGGCUCGAGCCUAUGGAGAGCGACUCUGCGCUGUUCACCACCCGCGAUCUGGUGCGCGCCAAGUUGCAGACCGGCGCCUACGACAAGACGGACCAGCGCAACAAGAGCUCCGAGGACGACGAGGAGAACGCGCAGGCCGAUGAGGACUUCCUGUUUGGCAGAGGCGGUCGCGAGAUGCGCAGGGGAGCGCCAGUCAAGGGCAAGAUGCCGGGCAAGGGCAAGAAGCAGCAGAAGAAGGCCAAGAAGGGGUUCGUGUACGACAUGGAUGACGAAGACAGCGAGGACGACGGAAUGGUGCUCGACGAAGAACUCAUCCGCGACUACAUGCUCAACACCGAACUCGAUGAUCUGAACCUGGAUGAGGACGCCAUGGAGGAACACCUUUUGCUUCACAUCGUAUCGCAACUCAAUGACUAUCAUCUGUCGGACGAUGAUGACGACGACGAUGACGACGACGAAGAGGAGGAGGGCGACGAGGAUGAUGACAGCGAGGAAGGCAGUGACGAGGAGGAAAGCGAUGAAGACGACAGCGAGGAGGACAUCUACGAUGAAUAUGGUGACGAUGAAAAAGAAGAGGAGAAGGAGCUGGCCAAGAAGCUCAUGGAGAAGGCCGGGGCUAAGGCCAAGAAGACAAAGAAGACGCCGCUGGGCCUUGCAGCCUGGGACGAUGCAGAGACUGCCGUGGUCGAUGCGGCAGUCGACGAUGAGACCUUCGAUGCUGUGCUCAACGCCGACUUCACCCUCUUGCGUUCUGACCGGCCUCCAAAACGAAAGCGAAAAGUGAGAUAG